AUGACUGAUCCAACAAAACCAGGGGCAAGCUCAGGCGGUGGAACGGAACCUCCUCCACGAAGAAAUGGCUUGCCUCCUGAGAUAUUGGACAUCAUUUGGCCAGCUAUUCAAAUUGGUGGUCUCUCUGGUGUGACCGGAAUCAUAUUUGGAGGGUUUGCCGGCGUUGCUCGCUCCAGUACACCCACAUUAUUUGCUUUGGCAUCAGGCAUUCAAUGGUUUACUCUUGCGAGUACCUUUUCCGCUUCACGGGGAUUUGUUCUUCAGUCUUGGGGAGGAGAUAAAGUGUCCCCAAAAGAAAAGGUUUCCGUAAGCGCUAUAGCUGGUGCAUUUGCAGGAAGCGCCGGUGGCCUCUUGAGAGGUCGAAAGAAUAUUUUACCUGGUGCGAUUAUGUUUGCGCUCUUUGGGGCGGCUGGUCAAGCUGUAUACAACAGAUCAGCUGCUCAGAAUUCAAAUAUGCCACAGGCAGCCACAGACAAAAGCGAAAAGUUCUCCUGGAUGAACUCGAAGUGGAGUCCGAUGAGUGUGUUAUCAGAUGCUGAGUAUGAGAAAUUGCUGCAAGAAAGACUUCUUCGUAUUAAUGCAGAGAUCGCGUUGGUUGAUGAGAAUAUUGAAGCCCUGAGAGCUCAAGAAAAGGAUAUUACUGCAAAGAAUAUUGCAUCCGAAAGCAAAGAUUUAAACACAACACGUACCUAA